CGCCACGUGUCGCGGCGGCUGCGCAGGCGGCGGUGGGGCGGCGCGGCCGGGCCGGCGGCGCGGGAAGAUGGCGGCCGGGAUCCGGGAGAAGCAGACAGUGGCUUUGAAACGUAUGCUGAACUUCAAUGUUCCUCCAGUUAAAAACAGCACAGGAGAACCAGUAUGGAAGGUUCUCAUUUAUGACAGAUUUGGCCAAGAUAUCAUCUCACCUUUGCUGUCAGUGAAAGAGCUGAGGGAUAUGGGGAUCACUUUGCAUCUGCUUUUGCAUUCAGAUCGGGAUGCUAUUCCUGAUGUUCCAGCUGUUUACUUUGUAAUGCCAACAGAAGAAAAUAUUGACAGAAUGUGCCAGGAUCUUCGAAACCAGCUUUAUGAGUCUUACUAUUUAAACUUCAUUUCUGCCAUUUCAAGAAGUAAACUGGAAGAUAUUGCAAAUGCUGCUAUAGGUGCUAAUGCAGUGACUCAAGUGGCUAAGGUGUUUGAUCAAUAUCUUAAUUUUAUUACUUUAGAAGAUGAUAUGUUUGUAUUGUGUAACCAAAACAAAGAACUUGUUUCAUACCGUGCCAUUAACCGACCAGAUAUAACAGACACAGAAAUGGAAACUAUAAUGGACACUAUUGUUGAUAGUCUCUUCUGUUUUUUUGUUACACUUGGGGCAAUACCUAUAAUCAGAUGCUCAAGAGGAACUGCAGCUGAAAUGGUGGCAGUGAAACUGGAUAAGAAGCUCAGAGAGAAUCUAAGAGAUGCCAGAAACAGUCUUUUUACAGGUGACACACUUGGAGCUGGCCAAUUCAGCUUCCAAAGGCCCUUAUUAGUCCUUGUUGACAGAAACAUAGAUUUAGCAACUCCUCUACAUCAUACUUGGACAUACCAAGCUUUAGUGCAUGAUGUUCUGGAUUUCCAUUUGAAUAGAGUUAACUUGGAGGAAUCAGCAGGAACAGAAAGCACUCCAGCAGGUGCAAGACCUAAGAAAAAAAAUAAGAAGUCCUAUGAUUUAACUACAUCUGAUAAAUUCUGGCAAAAGCAUAAGGGCAGUCCUUUUCCAGAGGUGGCCGAGUCUGUUCAGCAAGAACUGGAAUCUUACAGAGCCCAAGAAGAUGAAGUCAAAAGACUUAAAAGUAUCAUGGGCAUUGAAGGGGAGGAUGAAGGAGCAAUAAGUAUGCUUUCAGAUAAUACAGCUAAGCUAACUUCAGCUGUCAGCUCUCUUCCAGAACUUCUGGAAAAGAAGAGGCUCAUUGAUCUUCAUACAAAUGUUGCAACAGCCGUUUUGGAGCACAUAAAGAGUCGAAAGCUGGAUGUGUAUUUUGAAUAUGAGGAAAAAAUAAUGAGCAAAUCCACUCUGGAUAAAUCUCUUCUGGACAUGAUUUCUGACCCAGAUGCAGGAACUCCUGAAGACAAAAUGCGAUUAUUUCUCAUCUAUUACAUAAGCUCAGCUCAGGCACCUUCAGAGAUUGACUUGGAACAGUAUAAAAAAGCAUUGAUGGAUGCAGGUUGUAAUCUUGCUCCCUUGAGCUACAUAAAACAAUGGAAAGCUUUCACUAAGAUGGCUUCAGCUCCAACCAGCUAUGGAAACGCUACACCUAAACCUUUGGGUCUGUUUUCACGUGUUAUGAAUACAGGAUCACAGUUUGUAAUGGAAGGAGUGAAGAACUUGGUACUGAAGCAACAAAAUCUGCCAGUCACACGUAUUUUGGACAACCUUAUGGAGAUGAAGUCAAACCCUGAGACAGAUGACUACCGGUACUUUGACCCCAAGAUGCUGCGAGGCAGUGACAGUUCAGUUCCAAGAAAUAAAAAUCCAUUCCAGGAGGCCAUAGUGUUUGUAGUUGGAGGAGGCAACUAUAUUGAAUAUCAAAAUCUUAUUGACUACAUAAAGGGUAAACAAGGCAAACAUGUGCUCUAUGGCUGCAGUGAACUUUUUAAUGCCACACAGUUUAUAAAACAGCUGUCCCAACUUGGCCAGAAAUAAAACUGAAACACCAUUACCUGGAUGGAAAUGUGACAACAGAGAAUUGUUACAACAUUCAGAUAUCUUCAUAUCUUUAUUUUUGUCAUUAUAUUAAAACUUUAACCCAUUUCAUUAAUAUGAUAACUUUUAAAAAAAAUCUGUAAUUAAUACGGUGUAUAUCAGCAUUUCAGAAAUAAAACUUAAAACCUA